CCGCCGAUGGGACCCAUGCCGCCCAUGCCGCCGAUGGCCCCCAUGCCGAUGCCGCCACCGGCGGUCUGGAACAUGCCUCCGAUGGCGCCGACACCCGGCAUGCCUGGGAUGUCCAUGCCGAUGCCAGAGAUGCACUCGGCCUUCUACUGGGGGCACCGCGCGCAGGUGCUCUUCCGCGACUGGCCCGGAGACCGCGGUGACGUCGGCAUGUACAUCCUCUGCCUCGUCGUCGUCUUCGCGCUCGCGGCGCUCGUCGAGGCUCUAUCCGCGGCGGCCAAGGGGGUCUCCAGCCGCCGACCGGUCGCGGUGCUGGCGAUCACGGGGAUCCACGCCGUGAAGAUGGGGCUCGCGUACGUGGUGAUGCUGGCCGUGAUGUCGUUCAACGUCGGCGUCCUCCUCGCCGCCGUCGCUGGACACACGAUUGGGUACCUCCUCGCGCGGAUCGGACUGUUUCGCCGCGCCACCCCUCAGGAUGACGCGCCACGGAACGGUGCGCUCGCUGCCUCUGAGGCUGAGCCCAGACCUUAAUUAAGUUGUGGCACGAUAACUAGGUGCUCAAAAUUGUUUGUUGUAUUAUUCUCGAAAGAUAUAUUUGUUGUAUGAAACGGAAGGGAUGCUGGAUUCAUCGCUUGUGUAGUUUUUUAUUUGGGAUGAAAAUGCUUGUGUACUU